AUGACAGAAAUAGCAAAUCUUCUACAGGUUCCAUUAAAACAAGGAACAAACAAAAAGGGUGCAUAUAAUAGAACUAUGAAAGUUCCUGAUGGAAUGAAAGAAUUAGUUCAUAUUGUUGCUGGUCUUCAAAAAGAUGUUAAACAAAUGAGAAACGUUUUAACAUUACCAGAAGCUCAAGCAUAUGCCAAACGUCAAGGUCCAAAUUGGGAAGCACACGAAGCAGACAUUACGGGUCCAAAUGGAAAACCUGAUGGUAUAAAUGAAGUUUUCGUUACUGAUGGUCAAGGUAAUAUUAAAGUCAUACAUGGUUACAAAUUAACUAUAACUGAUUAUCCUAAACGUAAAGCAUAUAAUGAACGUUAUCCUAUGCAAUUUGAUGAAAAUGGAAAAGCUGUUAAACAAUACAUUGGAGAAGGUGAAAAUGGUCCAAUUAAUUCAUACCGUUAUAAUCCAUAUUCUUAUUUCAAUGAAGAAUUAAAUGCUAUUGAAGAGGGACCGGAUGGAUUACCACGAUAU